AUGCAGAUUCACUUUAUAUGUGAUUUGGCCUAUGAGGAAUGUUGUCUUGAUUUUCUAUCUCCAAUUUGCCGCCUCCUUUACCACUCGAUGGAUUGGAGAACCUUACCAAGCUCCAAAUUGACCAUAUCUAAAAGCAUUAGUCUCUCAGAGAUUUGUGGAAUUCGUCAAUCUUUCAAUUCUACACAGUUUCCGUGGUCCGUAUCUUUUAUUGUUGAUGGUGUUAAUCGCCUUGGCGGGACAAUCAUAAGCCCUUUUCAUAUUCUCACUGUGGCUCAUGGAUUCAUAAAUUCAAUAAGACCUGAUGGAAAAUUGUGUAUUCCUUAUAAUAAUUUGAACUACUCGGCUUAUCGCAAAAUUGAAUAUUUACGGAACACGCGAGUUGUUGCAUACGGUGGAAAAUGUAUACGGGGAACAUCGCAGAAGCUGCCUAAUGACCCGCAAUGCCCAAAAUCUGAUAUGCAUACUAACAGGAUUCGAAGUGUUCUAAUUGACGAUGAUUUCGUGAAAAAUAAUUGCUCGAAGGGUCAUGACUUUGCAAUUGUUGAAGUUGAAUCAAGAAUUAAAUUUGCGCAAAACGUAAUCCCAAUAUGUCUUCCAAGAAAUAAUAUGUAUCAUUCUCAAGUUCUCACUGUUCCCGGAUGGGGCAGAAACGAUAUUUUCAAUGAGAGCGGCCCGCUGAUCCACGAGAUUCCGAUGAGAAUCGAUGAGAACUGCACAAGGCCUUGGAGUGACGAUUUGCCGAACGACGCCGACGACUAUCUUUGCGCGAAAUCUCUCGAUGUGGACAAUUACCUGGCGCCUCGUACUUGUCACGGAGAUAGCGGAGCUGGCAUGGAAUAUCGUGACGCUUUCGGAAGAGCUUAUUUGAUAGCGAUGACUUCUUUUGGGACAAGAGGUUGUCCGUCGAAUAUGCUUGCUCGAUUUACCAAAAUUCAUUCAUAUUUGGCACAAAUUUGCGAACACACGGGCGUCUGCUAUACAAUUUGA